ACAUGAGAGAUAGGUUAGAAAUAAACCCAAAAUCUAUUGAGGAUGAGGUUUGAUUCUCCGCAUCCCUUGAAUAAAAGGAGGUCAGACAUUCAGGAACGAGGAGAGGGCCGGUCAACUCAGCACUAUCCGCCCCAUUUUCAUCCGUAAUUUGAAAGCCUCGUUUCCAUCCCUGAUUUCAAAGUAGAUUUGUAUAUCAAAUAAAGAAUGAACACGAUCAGGCAUUAACUUGAGAAACAAAAAGUAAUUGUGUAAAGAAUCUGUCAUGACCGAUGAAAUGAAACCGCUUCAACUUCCUAUUUCCCCCGCAACAAUCAACAUGCAAAUUUGCCCUAAUUCUUAAACCACCACAAAUUUGGAAGAAUGGAAGGUCCGAUGGAUAGGUACCAUAAAUUAGGGCUUCAACAAUCCUUCUCCCGAAUCUAUCAGUAUCCGUUGGCUUGUAAAGAGCUUGCGUUAAUUCUCAAACUCUCCUAUUCUAAAUUCCCCAAAAACUUGCAAUCUCUUGUUUUCCAAGACGUCCUCGCCGCCUUUCGCCUUCUUCCUCGAAUGCAAACACAAACCGCCAUUCAUGCAGCAAAUACCCUCCUUCAAGCUGUGGAAUCAGCAUUGCCAAAGCAAAAGAAGGCUCAGGCUGUAACCGAGUUCAAGCAUGCCAUGGUUGCUCAUAAGAGGCAUUCCAAAGCACGAAACAAUGAAGAAGAUUCGGUUGAACUUCCACAAGAUGUUCUUGUACAUGUCUUCAGUUUCUUGGAUUUACAAUCUUUACUUUCUUCUUCACAAGUUUGCCGUUCAUGGAACAUUGCUUCAAGUGAUAGCCAUGUAUGGAAGACACUCUACACCAACACUUCAAAUACUCUCUCCAAGAUCAAUAAUCACGUUCAUGGUGAAUUAAUCAAUGAUAAAUGCACCCAACAGGGCAGCCUUGACUGGAAAAAUAUUUUUAAAAAAGCAUAUGAAGCUAUUUCAUGGAAGAAACUUCUUACAUCUUCUAGAGGCUUCUGCAAGCAUUGUCAUGCAGCUGUUUGGGUCAAUGACAUGGGAAACAACAAAACAUUUGGACUGAAAUGUAAAUAUCACCAAAUCAACCCAAUAUCUACUCGACAGAUUGUUGAGUACAUAGAUGGUGAGUAUGCUUCAUCAGACAGUGAUAAUGAUAGUGAUUGUGAUUCAUAUGACGAUUUUACCCCCAAGCUUUGGGCAUAUCCUAGGAGGAGUGAGUUUUCUCACUGAGUACAAUGAUUACUUGGAUGUUAUAGAAAGUUCAAAACUUACCAUUUCACUUUAUAGGAAACUAAAUAUUGGUCGAGCAAUGAAACCAUGAAGAAAAAGUUGCACUUGAGAUAUCUCUCCCAACUCCCAACAUAAAUGAGGGUGGCUAAGACAAAUUAGACUUUGUCCAAAAAUUAUAAUCAAACAUGUCUUUGAUUUAGUCUAUUUAUAAAUAUGGUAUUUCAUUUGCUAGUUUUCUCACUUUUAUGUUAUUGUAUUUUUGUUUCUAUCUUCUUUAUUUGUAAUCAACAAAUAUGUAUAUGGUUGAA